UCAUCAUCGGCGGUCUCGACGGUGAAGGAAAUUUCAAAGGAUUGAAACUUACCUCGCAAUCAUUGUGAUUAUAUCCUAUCCAUAUUGGAUUAAUUGUUGUUUAAUUGAUUCCAAUAAAUUAUUAAAAUGAGUUUCAGAUUACCCCCUUUGAAAGCAAAAACUCCUGUUGCUGAGGAGUUUGGCAUGAACAAUGGUACUUAUGGGGUGCCAGAUCCCAUGAUUUUGGGAAUGCCAGCGGCAGCCCACAAGCUUGGAACUUCUCACCCACUUGAGGCCUCAGAGCGAAACUUCCACCAGAAUAAACUGAGACGUGAAAUGGUGCUGUUGAGAAAUGUUCAGGGGCUCCAUGCACCUCUGCGCAUUGCUAUGGAGAUCAAAGCUACAGAGAAAGUUGGCAGACAUCCAUUCUUACCCUCUUCGGGGCUGAUGAGGGAUGUUCUGCUGGGUCGUGAUGAAGACAUUGGAUUCGAAGAUGUCUUCAACACUCCCGAAUUCAGAGAACAAAUGGGCCAGCCACACGCCGUUAUCGAGCGAACUCUCAAUUUAUUGUAAGCUCUUCUUCAUGAUAUUAAGUCCAUAAUUCUGCAACAAUUUCACGUAAUCUGAUGAAUUGUUAAUAAAAUGCUACUCAUUUACAUCUA